CUGUCACGAAUCUGGUCGGUGCUCCACGGACUACCCACCACCAGAUGUCUCUCUCACCUCUUUUUACUCCCUGGCCGUUACGUGGCAUCCUGGACUGCAUCUCCCAUCCACCACCGCGCUGAUUACGUCAGCCCCCAUGACUAAUCAGGCGCCCCAUAAAACCCCCGGACUUCCUUGUACCGAUCGCGGUUUGUUGAGUGUUUAGUGAUUAUUUCCUAGUGUUCCAAGUGUUUCCUAGUUUCUUCGUUCCCUUCUGACCUUCGCUCUUGUUUUUGGACUACUCUCUCUCGGAUCGCCCCUCUCGGAUAUUGUUCGCCCCUCGUUGGACUCACGCCUGCCUUACUGACUCCCUUUGUGUUUCGUCUUCAUCAUUCCUGAUUGUACCUGUGAUUACCCUGCCUGCCUGACCAUGUAUCUGCCUCGUCCAUUAAUAAAAAGCAUGCAUAUGGAUCCGCUCGCCUCUCGUCACUCUCUCAUCGUUACAGAACAAACCGCCACCACAGGAUCCAGCAGCUCCACCCCCGGACAAUCAGCCGAUACGGACACAGACAGAAUUCUCUCCCGGAUCAAACAGAAAACACACACACUCGAACAUUAUACCCGUGAGUUUAUUUCAAUUGCUAAUUAUUCCACUCUCCCGGACUGUAUUAAGAUUGAGGUGUUUUGUGACGGCGUGAACCAGCCCCUCCGUGCGCGACUAAGACGCAAGGGCCCGCGCUCGUCGCUGGAGGCGUUUCUGAACUUUGCGUUUUUGUGUGUGGGUUCGCCGUGCACUGUCGGGGUCGCGGAGAGGGAACGCGACAACGCGGUAAUGGCGACCGCGCGUCCCACUCGCAAACUAGCGGUCUUGCCGGAUCAUGAUGCCACAAACAAGUUUGCCGCCUGGAUCGCUCGAGAAAUGGCGGCCGUGUCAGAGCGCGCUCAUGCUAUGGCGGUGUCAGCAGAGCCCACGCACAAGAUGGCGGCCGCGCCGGAGCGCGUUAACGCGGUAGCGGCGACAGCGGAGCCCGUUCAUACGAUGGCGGCGGCGCCAGUGCGCGUUCACAAAAUGGCGGCGACUGCGGAGGCCGUUUGCAAGAUGGCGGCGGCGCCGGCGUGCGCUCACAAGAUGGCGGCGACGGCGGAGCCCGUCCACAAAAUGGCGGCUAUCACAGAGCUCCGUCACGUCACAGCUGCCAUACAAGAGCCAUUCAAAGGUACAGUUACAUUUCCUGAGUCAAGUCAAGUUUCCGAGUCUAGUCUAGUUGCAGCUGUAAUUCCUGAGUCAACUCAAGUUUCCAAGUCAAGUCAAGUUGCAGCUGUGUUUCCUGAGUCAAGUCAAGUUUCCUUGCCGAGCCAAGUUGCAGCCGUAUUUCCUGAGUCAAGCAAGUUUACUGCUGCUGUUCCUGUGUCAAGUCAAGCUGGGGCUGUGUUUCCUGCAUCAGGUCAAGUCAGAGCUGCUCUUCCUAAGGCAAGUCAAGCUAAAGCAGUUCUUCCUGUUUCAAAUCAAGCCAGAACUGUAGUUCCUGUGUCGAGUCAAAUUACAGCUGUCGCUUCUGUUUCAAGUCAAAUUACAGCCACGCCAGAGCCACUGCACAAGAUGGCUGCCACGCCAGAGCCACUGCACAAAAUGGCCGCCGUCUCCAAGCCGCUCCACAAUAUGGCUGCCAUUCCAGAACCUGUGGUCAGGGCCCGGACGCCACCUGUGGUCAUGAUGGCCCACGUGCUGGACACACCCCUAAUGACAGUACGGGCAGCUAAAGUGGCGCUCCUUGUUGCGGCGGCUACCCCUGAGUCAAGUCAAGACACAGAGUCAAGUCAAGCCAAAGCUGUCGUUCUCCAUGAGUCAAGCCAAGUCACAGCUGUUCCCCACGAGUCAAGUCACGUUAUAACUGUUGUUCCUGAGUCAAGUCACGUUACAGCUGUUGUUCCUGAGUCAAGCCAUGUUGUUCCUGAGUCAAGUCAGGCUACAGCUCAAGCUUCCAAGUCCAGUCAAGCUUCCAAGUCCAGUCAAGCUUCCGCCAUCAUCCCUGAGCCCGAGUCUGCACUGCUCAAGAGGGCCGCCACGCCAGUGCUUGACGCAAAGAUUACCACUAACGCCACGUCAGCCCAGCCAGCGCCUGCUAACGCCACGUCAGCCCAGCCAGCGCCUGCUAACGCCACGUCAGCCCAGCCAGCGCCUGCUAACGCCCCGUCAGCCCAGCCAGCGCCUGCUAACGUCACGUCAGCCAGGCCACAACCGGUCAAGGUCAUGUCUGCCUCUUCUGAACCUGCACCAGCUGCUGUUUCUACUAAGUCAAGUCAAGUCACAGCCAAGUCAAGUCAUGUUCCAGCUGUUCCUACCAAGUCAAGUCACGUCACAGCCGUUCAAACCAAGCCAAGCAAGGUCACAGCCGUGGCUCCCGGGUCAAGCAAGGUCACAGUCGUGGUUCCUGAGUCAAGUAAAGUCAAUGAUCUUCACAAGCCAGUUCAAGCCACCGCUGGUCUUCACGUAUCAAAUCAAGUCACCGCUGAUCUCCAAGAGUCAAAGUCCAGUCACGUCCCGCCUGACGGCCCAGAGUCCAGUCACGUCCCGCCUGACGGCCCAGAGUCCAGUCACGUCCCGCCUGACGGCCCAGAGUCCAGUCGCGUCCCGCCUGACGGCCCAGAGUCCAGUCGCGCCCCGCCUGACGGCCCAGAGUCCAGUCGCGUCUCGUUUGACCGCCCAGAGCCUUGUCACAUCAUGUCUGCCAGUGUGAUGGCAACCGCAAUCCUCAGCAUCUGGGCCGCAAGCUACGCUCCAGAGAACUUGACGACGACUCCAGAAGUCCUACCCGUCGUCAAGUCUGUGCCAGAGGUCUCGUCUGACCUCCCUGAGCCUUGUCACGUCAUGUCUCCUAGCGUGUUGGCAAUCGCCAUUCUCAGUGUGUGGGCUGCACACUCAGCUCCAGAGGUCUCAUCUGUUCGCCAGCCAACUCCAGAGCUCCCGUCUGAUCUCAAGUUUGCUUCGGAGGCCCUGUCUGACCACGAGACAGACCCAGAGGCCUCACCAGUUGGAGAAGCCGCGCCAAUGCCUCCUGAGGUGUCAGCUUCGGCUGUAGAUCCUCCUAGGGAGGCGGCGUUCUACCUCAAACUCUCUGCUUCUCCCCUUAUUCUGUCUGCCUCCUCUGUCUCUACUGUUCCUAGGUCCCAGGCCAUAACGCGGUUUCCUGCUCCAGAGGUCCCGUCUGGUCCCAAGUCUGCUCCAGAGGUCCCGUCUGGUCCCAAGUCUGCUCCAGAGGUCCCGUCUGACCUCAAGUCCGCCCCUGAGGCCUUCCCCGUAGGAGAAGCUGCGCCAAUGCCUCCAGAGGUGCCAGCGUCAGCUGUGGAACCUCUUAUGGAGGGGGCGUUCACCUCAAUACUCUCUGCUUCUCCCCUUCUUCUGUCUGCCUCCUCUGUCCCUGUUCUCCCCAGGUCCCAGUCCAUGACAGAGCCACCUGUUCCGCCCCGGAGAGCUGCGGCACCUCCUGUUCCGCCCGGAGAACCACUCAAAAAACUCUCCAUAUCAGUCUCACCUGAAGAGUCUACCUCCGACCUAUACAGCUUCUCAUAG